AUGUCACAGUCAUCUUCUUCGUCCAACACCAUCCACUCCUACCACCAUCCUCCACCUCCUACGACCACUAUCCACCUCCAUCAACAAACACCAUCUUCCAUUACCACCAUUCGUCAUCACAUGCACACAUCUACACCACCACCAAUUUUCUGUAAUUUCUUGAUUGCGAAUUUCUCCAAAAGACAGGGUGUCCUGAAAGGGAAGAAAAGUCUUGAAAAACAACCAACUGCUUAUCUAUUUUAUAAAAAAGAAGACUUCCUGACACGAACGGGUUGA